AGGGGGGUUGAUAUAGAUGAUCUCCAGAGGUCACUUCCAUUCCCAAACAUUUUGUGACUCUGUAAUUACACCUCAGAGAAGUUGGGAGGUCAUCAGUCCUGCUUUGCAGACACAUGCAGUAGAUGAGAUCACAGGUUCAAGCUGUUAAGCAACAGAAGAUGGGAGUUAUGGGACAACGUGAUAGCAUUAGGGAUUUAGAAUUGUCUUUACUAUGCCCCUGGGGGAAAAUAACUCUACCCUCUUCUGGAAGCUCUGAAACAUGAGCUUUCAUUGUAGUUCUGUCUGCACUCUUGUGUCUGACUCCCUGACAUGCUGGAGAUGUCUCUGCUCUGUUUGUAGGUCAUUAAGAUUGCAGAUUCAGCCCUCCAGGCUCCCCCUUUUUGGGCAGAGAUGGUUCCCUCUUCCCACCAAUAACAUGGUGUCCUGGGUUGACCAUGCCCAAAUUUCACCUAUGCACAGCUUCUGCAAAAAUGUCCAAUGUACUUGCUAACUUUAAGUUUAGCUAACCUGAAAUCUGCUUGAUUCCUGCUGCCAAGGUAAUUAAAACUCUUCCCUUAUUAUCUAUAUGUUUCAAUUAGAACAUACAAUUCAAUUAAAAAUACAAAUUUCUACUUAUUGCCACAUAUCCCUUGGAAAAACAAAAGUAUUGAACUUCCGUUUAAAUAAAAAAAAUUCACAUUAUUUGUGUAAUCAUUUAUUCAUAAUUAUAAACUGCACAAUAUUGCAAUGAGAAGAUGUGCAUUAAAAUGUUUCUUUUACUUUAGCUGCAUGAAAGCCAUGCAUGUGUUUAAGCCACUCACGACUGCAGCGCUAUAAAUAGUGCUCUAUUGUUAGUGGAUAAAAGACGAAACAAGUCUCACAGCACUGCAGCACAGGACACUAUUGAAUGUUAAGCUCUGCCUGUUCUAAAAGUGAAAGGCGACAUCAACUGAUAGACUGGUCUGUGAGUAAGAGACACGGCUGGGAAAAGCUCAGUGUGACUCUGCAGUUUCCCAGCACAGCAGGAGUAGCAGCUGAUAUCUCUGCCUCAGCAAUGGCAGAAGCUGUCGUAAGACAUUGGGUGGAAACUCCUGUACGCUACCAGGAGCAGUUUGUGGACCAAGAGCUGGAAGCACACAAACUGAAUCACCUCUUAUAUGCUUUGCCGGGCCCUGCCACCGCUGCACCGAGCGACCGAAGGUGUGCCACAGAAAGCACGGCUGGGGCCGGGAAGCGCAGCCAGGAGGAGGAAAACACACACUUUCAGGUCUUGCUGGAUGUUGUGCAGUUCCGCCCCGAAGAUAUCAUUAUCCAGACUUUCGAAGGCUGGCUCCUGAUUAAAGCUCAGCACGGACCCAGGAUGGACGAGCAUGGUUUCAUAUCCAGAAGCUUCACCAGACAAUACAAAUUACCCGAUGGAGUGGAGAACAAAGACUUGUCUGCACUUUUCUGCCAUGAUGGCAUUUUGGUUGUUGAAAUGAAGAACUCAGUGGAAAAGAAUUAGAACCAUGUCUAUAGUUAUGGGUGAGAUAAAAUCAUUCUUAACGUAACAAAAUUAUAUCAAUCAUGCAAUGCUGUAGGGUGUAGUAAGAAAGUAGCUGUAUUUAUUAAAGGAAAUUAUUUGUAUAUAUUUUUUGUAUGCUGAGUUUACUGUUUGAUGUGAACUGUUACACUGCUUGCCUCCAGCUACACAUAGGUUGAAAACACAGGCUGUUCAAACAGUAGCAAAUUCAGGCUAGUCUCAGCAGGAGUAAAGAAAAAAAAUCUAUUUGAUAACAUAUUGAAAAUGGAGCACAGUUUUGAGUUAAGUAGCAAGAAUUGUAUUUCUAAGCAGUAAGCAUUUGUUAUACAUAGUCAUAAACAUUAAAGAAGGAAUGGACAAGUUGUGAAUCUAAUGGAAAUUUAGGUACCAAAAGAUCUGUUUUUUAAUUUUUGAGAUUAAGUUCUUCUCUCUGGAAAAGCACACAAACUGAAAGAUACCAUCAAGAGAAAAAUCCUGAUUUUCCCUAGAAGUUCAAGUUUCUAUACCAAAAAACUCUCAAGAGAUUAAUUUUUAGAAGUGUGUUGCAUGUUUCAAACUAUAAGAAAAAAGAAUUUAUUUGCUUGACUUUUUUUGCUUGAAAACACAAUAAAUAGAAAUUAUACUUUC